CACACCCGGAAGUAUGGGCCUCUAUCCUGGCUCCUCAUGGAUUAAUCCUUUUAAUGCUCCCAUGACCCUCGCAUUCCUGUCCAUCAUGCUCUGUGCCCCACAGAGGGGCAUGGCCAAGAGAGGCUCUGAGCAGACAGUGGUGGAGGCUGGGUCAGAGCUGGCCUUGCCCUGCAGCCUCCGGGGGCCAAGUCUGAUGUGGAUCUGGGUCCCCCAAUAUCCGCUCUGUGCAAGGCAGCUCCAGCAGAACACCCACAUAUUCACCUGGACAUCAGCAAAGACUCAGACGGUGAAACUGGCUCAUUUCCAGUAUCGCCUACAUCUCAGGGGGGACCCGUGGAAUGGGGACAGCUACCUUGUGCUGACAAAGCCCAAGGUCAGUGAUUCAGGACUCUUUUCCUGCACCAACGGGAACCAGACUGCCUCCACAACACAGGUCACCGUUACCCCAGGUUGCCAGGAAGGGGCAUCCAUCAGUGUCCCGGCCCAAAGACCACUAAUGAAGGGGGUGACAGUGACCCUGCGCUGUGCCCCCUGUGCAGGGGGUGGCACCCCUGCCUCCACAUCCCACACUGCCACCUGGAGCUUCAAUGGGAAGACAGCAGAUAUCCUUGAAGGCGUCCGGCAGUUGCGGAUGCAGCUCACCAUCAAGUUUUUCUCUGCCCGCUAUCAAGGUCUGUGGGGCUGUGUCCUGUCUGGAGACCCCCCACUCUCUGGGGAGCUCUGCCUGGAGCUGGAGCCCACCCUUACCCCCACCUCAGCUCCCCCAGCCUUGGGAUCCCUAUGGACUCACCAGCAUUUUCCCAUAGUCGCUGGCAGCCUGGCUGGUGCCCUGGGCCUGAUCCUGAUUGGAGCCCUCACCUUUGUCUGCUUCAAAAGGCACCAGACCAGGAGAGCCAGCCAGACCCCAAUAGUGCUGAAAGCAGAAGGACACGGGGACCAGGCUGCAGAGUAUCCAACACGAACUGAGACCAAGGCUACCAGGGAAAUGAAAUCCUCCCCUAACAGCGACCCCAGCCCAGAGGGCUCAGCUGAUGUCCAGUACACCACACUGCAGUUCAAGGAGCCUUCUGUGCCCACUGCCCUUCAAGGAGCUCUUGUGACCUCCAGGGAUGGGCCCUCCACCAUCUACUCUGAAGUGCUCACACCCUGCUCCUGAAACCCACUCCGCAGGGACUGGAAUAUCCCUGCCUCCAGCUGUAAUAUCCCUGCUGGGGCCAGGAGACAGCUGGUACUGGAGUGAAGCAUACUAACCACCAGCUGGACAUCACUGGGAGGGUAUUUUUUAGCAUCUGCGGUGCCUAAAAAAGCCCUCCCACACACACACGCACCUUGCCACUGCUGCUGCUACAAUGGUAAGAGCAGCUAGACUGAACAACCCAUAACAUUGUGGCUCCUACCUGUUUCAUAGGAAGGCCUGUGCUAGUAAAAGCCCUGCAGAAAACUACAAAUAGACCUCAGGAAAAGCCUGUACUGGGAGAGACUUGGUGGGCCUAGGGGAAAGCCACUGCCCAAGAGCCCUGAUGACAGACAAAGGGCAGCGCAAGGUGUGGGACAGUUUGGAAGAGCAGUAAGAGGCCACACUUUGCAGGAGACCAACCACACUGUUCAAAGCAGGAUCAGCCAUGGGUGUCUGGUACCUCUUGAAUCAGGGGGGGCAUGUGCCCCUCCUGACACCAGUCAGUGACUGGGGGGGGGAGUCCCCCGGCAGCUAAUCCUGCUGAUGGCGGGGGAGGGGGGUAUUCCCCAGCGGCCGAUCUCAGUCACCAUGAAAGCAGCCACACCACUUCCAGAAGUCCCAGGGCCGCUUCUGGAAGUGGUGCAGCACAGCUGCUUUUGCUGGCGGUCCCACUCCCUGGCUGGUGCUUGCAGGGGGGGCAGUGGUGCUCCUACCUGCCCCCCUGUUCACUGGCUAAACAGGGAGCAUGGCCUGGCAGGGGCUGCACUGGCACUCUCAGGGGGUGCAAUUGCAUCCCCGUGCACCCACUACGCAUCGCCCCUGGGAUCAGCCCUAUUCAAAUCAACCCAUACAAAUCCUUGUCUAACUUAUUAUGAAAUAGGAACCAUGGCUGUUGGAUGUGCAUCACCCCUUGGGGCCAGGCCCUGUCCCAGAAACCCUGAGACAACAUUGCAGAGCAGCGGGCAUGUCAGGCUGGGAAGCAGAGAGAGGACCCUGGGGCUAAGGUGCAAGACUGCACAGACUGAAUCAGCACAAGGAGGUGGCCGCACCAUUCACACUUCCUCAGAGGGGAGACAGGAGGGAUUAUCAUGGAAGAACACGGAUUUUGGGUACUUUAAUGAGAGAAUUAUCUGAUAAAACCCCCAAAUUAUUUCAUUAGAGUACGCAAAAUCCGUGUUCUUCCAUGAUUAAAAUGAAACAUCACUAUAUAGGUGAGAGAUAUAAAGAGAGAUCAGUUGGGCAAUGUUUUAUUGAUAUAUUUACAAUUUUAGAGCAACUUGGAAGCCUACCAGUGCCUCUAUCAUCAUCAUAAAAAUUCUAAAUAUCUAUA